GCAGGGUUUAUAAAAGAUGAGAAGGGCUCAUCAAAUGAUGGGUUAAACAGUUUUUUUCCCCUUUUUUUUUUCCACGGCCCUAUUUGUGGCCUACGGCUUUGCGCGGCACACUCACACUGACAGACGAGCAUGGAGACGCUGCUGUUUCUAUUUCCUCAAUUUAACUACAUGGCCCCAAAGGAGGAAGCAUAUUUCAGAAUGUUUGCUGUACAGGACCUGCAGCCACGAGCGAUGAAGGACGACAGCGGCAGACAGAAAGACAAAGAGAGGAAGAGCCGACUAAGCCUUUUUCUCACCAAGUCGGGCUCCCAUGAAAACGUCAGUCCCCAUAAAAAGACAAACACGACAACGAGCAACAUCUCACCAGAGGCAGCCUUGCAGUGGAGCGACUCCUUUGAAGAGCUGCUGAAGCACACAGAUGGGGUGGAAACCUUCUCUCAGUUCCUCCGGACGGAGUUCAGCGAGGAAAACAUCGAGUUCUGGUUGGCCUGUGAAGAAUACAAGACCAUCGAUUCAGAAACCAAGCUGCUGUCCAAAGCCAAAUAUAUUUAUACUGUUUAUAUUGAAUCGGAGGCUCCUAAAGAGGUCAACAUCGACUACAACACAAAGAUGGCCAUCCAGAAAAACAUGGAGCACCCAACGCGGGGCUGCUUCGACGCAGCCCAGACGAAAGUCUUCAGCCUGAUGAAAAAGGACUCCUACCCAAGGUUCCUGCACUCUGACAUUUACAUGCGCAUCACUCGGAGGAAGGGCCCCGGAGCCACCAUGUUCCGCAGAAGGUCACGCUCCUGCGUGUUUAACGAGCGCGGGGAAGCCAAAACCGAGCCCUCGGCUUGGUAAUCGCAAACGCUGCGCAGCUGCGUGGAAUGGAUUCGCCAUCAUCCGGGGGACUGUCUCUGAUUUGCAACACAACUGUUGAGACACGAUGCGGUGUCUUAAUUUAGGCCCCACAGGUUCUGAUAUGUAGAGUGCAAUAUUUUUGUGUAACCACAGAUUUCCCGAUGGAUGACUUCUCAGACACAGCACCAAAGUGAAUUGACAUUAAUAGUAAUUUAAAUGUACAAUUUGGGAAAUAUUUCCUUCCAUUAGUUUUUGUAAGAUUUCUAUCCUCGUUUCAGCUUGGUAAAUUUUAUCCCGUGGUUCUUUCAUUUUACCUUAGGAACUGCUAGCAGGGAAGGACAGAAACUAUUUCUAUUUUAAUUUACCUAGCUCUAUUUUCCUGACGGUUUAUGUUUCAUUUUUUAUUUGCCUCAGAAGUUAGAGCCUGGAUCUGUAUUAAUAAUCAUCUCUGAAAACUUAUUGGGUUCCAGUCAGUUUAUAAAAACCAUUAUGGUUUGCUUCUGUUGUGCUACAUGGCCAUGCUAAUAGCUAUUAGCCUCCCAGGCUAAUAAUGAUGAUAUUCCUCUGAUGUUUAUCCGUCCAAACACUGUAGCAACCAGAGCUUGUACAUUGCUCUGGUUUUAUUAAUUAGAAUUAAUUUAUUAACUUUAUGAAACAAACGUUAGCAUAGCAUGGCUGCCAUAUUGAAUUUUCAGGCCAGAUUGUGUGAGAAACGUCUGACCUUUCAUGAUGGAAUUCCAACUUUAUGAAGGAAGUCAUUAGUUGGAGAUUGUGACUUGUGCAAUUUCAGCCAAAUGAUUAAUUGAAGUAAUGGGCUUUUUUGAAACUUGCCAUGCUUUUGGAUGUUUGCUACCCAUUUGUUUCCUAGCAACUUAAAGCCAGCACAGACAGCUGUAUUUUUAAUUUAUUUAUUUUUUGCUUUCCCACGGUGUUUUCCGCUAAGCUAGGGGUAACUUCGUGCAGACACGAGCGUGUUAGCAAUGCUGUUGUUUCACACUUGCCUUGAAAACGAAAGGGCACAAUUACCAGAAAUGUGGACGCAUGUAUUCUGAUUAUUCACUUGGCAACCAACAGCCCGAAUCCAUCCUGGGAGGUUAUUUAGCAGCGGUAACAUUUUUCUGCUCCAUCGGCUAAAAUAUACUGAGCCCAGAAAGGGGAUUGCUCCGCUGGUUGCUUCGUGGAUGCGAUUGCCAUUGUGAUGCACUGAAUGACAGCAGCCUUCGGUGAGGAUUUUCUUUAAGACUUUCUGAAACCUUCCGAAGACUUGAAGGAAAGUGGAAACAUUUGAGGAAGGGAGGCAGUUCAAGUGCUUGUUGAGGCACAUUCAACACUUUGCCCCCCCCCCCCCUCUGCACAGCCGCGGUGUGUUACAGAUUCAUACUGUUAUGCUUAAGUUUUCAUUAAAACUGAUGAUUUGCGCCUCUUGCACCGUCGACCCCUCCCAUGUGAAUAACAAGCAGUGAAAGCCUGAGGUCUUAUUGACUGCAAAGCACCCAACUGUUGUCUUAACAUUAUAUUAGAUCAUACAUGUCUGCCUGUCGUGAUCGGAUUCCCUUCUCACACACACCGUGUCUUCUCUGAAUACUAAUAUUAUGUCACAUUAAGAUUGCUGAUUUUCAGUUGCCAUCUAAUAUAAUUCAUGUAUUACUUGAUCUCCUUUGGUAUUCGACUGCUGUCAAAUGUACAUACUGUAUGUGGACAACAUCAAAUAAAAAGACUUUCCUGUAAAA